UGCCUGGGGACUUACAUCAGACCAAAUGACAAUGACUCAAAUGUGUUUCUGCUGUUUCAAAUCUUCUCGGAGACAGAGACUGGCAGUUGCCUGUUAGGACAUCCCCUCUAACCAAGUUUACGUCGUUAAGGGCAAACGCGUUAACAACUUUUUAGUUGAAAAUUAGUAAACGUGAGCUGGAAUCGUUUGGAGAGUAGGGGGUAUCACGUUGUGUUCCUUGAGAAAAUUGUCUGGGCGAUAGAGUGGAGUUGAGCUAAUUGUAGCCUAAUCCCUGGCCCAGAGGCGCAUGGGCAGCCCGGAGCAAGAAUCUUCUUUUUUAGCCCUGCUCUGUUAUUUAGAGACGGAUUAUUGGCUUUCUUCUUCUCAUAACAAACUGAAGGGGCAGUUUCAUUUAGGCAAAAAGGCAGAUAAGAAGCUCAAAUACGGAUCCAGUUUACACCAGGAGCGCACGAUUUUACGCGUAUCCAAAUAAGAGCGUAAAAGGGGAAGGAGAUCGUCUCAUCGAUGUUCAAGGAGGGCAGAAGCAUGUCUCGGCUGUCGCUGACCCGGUCCCCGGUCUCUCCUCUGGCCGCUCAGGGCAUCCCUUUGCCGGCGCAGCUCACCAAGGCGAACGCGCCUGUCCACAUUGACGUUGGAGGGCACAUGUACACCAGCAGCCUGGCGACCCUCACCAAGUACCCCGACUCAAGAAUCAGUCGCCUGUUCAAUGGCACGGAGCCCAUCGUGUUGGACAGUCUGAAGCAGCAUUACUUCAUAGACCGGGAUGGAGAGAUAUUCCGCUACAUUCUCAGUUUCCUCAGGACCAGCAAAUUGCUUCUUCCAGAAGACUUCAAGGACUUCAACCUGCUGUAUGAGGAGGCUCGGUACUACCAGCUCACACCCAUGAUCAAGGAGCUGGAGCGUUGGAAGCAGGAGCGUGAGCAGCGGCGCAUGGCCCAGCCCUGUGACUGCCUGGUGGUGCGGGUCACGCCCGACCUGGGUGAGAGGAUUGCUCUGAGUGGAGAGAAGGUCCUCAUCGAGGAGAUCUUCCCUGAGACCGGAGAUGUCAUGUGUAACUCUGUGAACGCUGGCUGGAACCAGGACCCCACGCACGUCAUCCGCUUCCCCCUCAACGGCUACUGCAGGCUCAACUCUGUGCAGGUGCUGGAGCGUCUCUUCCAGAAGGGCUUUAGUGUGGCUGCAUCGUGCGGUGGUGGAGUGGACUCAUCCCAGUUCAGCGAGUACGUUCUGUGUCGCGAGGAUCGGCGAAGUCUGUGCAUCAACACUCCCAUCAGAAUAAAACAAGAACCUCUGGACUAAGUCCCCAGUGUAGAGAUGAACUUCAAAGUUACCCCAUUACCCACCUUCUCAGUCCCUUGUCCCCUCCACACCUCCACGGGAUCACCACAACUCCACUGCCCCUUCUCUAAUACAAAAACUACUGCACUGGACAGCUAUAGGUAUAACUCUUAUAAAUAGCAGAGGCAUGUGCACCUUUGCCAGCUCUGCAGAACACUUAAGGGGAAUGUAGUACCAAACAAAGAAAAAAACAUGCAUCAGCAACACACGUUUUUGAAUAUUUUAAACAACGCCCAAAGAAUCUGGGACUAUUUGAACUCUGCUCCGCUUGUUUUAUUUGUGGUAAUUUUGGGGAAGAUUUAUUCUUUUGGGGACAUGUGUAGCCUGGUCUGGGACUAUGACUAUAAGUUCCCCUACCUUUGUCCAUACACCCCAUUGUCCCCAUUGGCCCCAUUGUUCUGUAGGGGCCUCAAACAACAGCACUGUUCGCCAAAAUGAUUGUUUAGUACUGUUUUUUUUCCUUUGUUGUUUCUGUUGUUCCUAUCAUGACAUGGUGUAAACAAUUAUUAUUAAUAGGAUUAUUUUAAAUGUCUCUUUUUCUCAAAUAUGAAGGAUGUAUGAAUGCUGUAUUCAUUAGGCGUUUGGAGAGCUUGUUGAGAGCAUUUCUUGGCAGUAGCUGCACAAACUCAAGAUGGCCGCAGGCUAUGUGGCUAAAGCGAUCUGGCUGGCUGUGCAUUCCGAGCCGGAAAAAGUCUCAUUGUUCAAACGCUGCAUGGAACAGAACCUGGGAGUUUCAACGAUGUUUAUACUCAAAUGUAUGGCACACAUUUAAAAAAAAAGUGCUUUGUAAUUUGAAAACCUAUGCUAAAACAUAUCUCUUAAGGAUUCAUCCAGGCUGGGUUGAUUGCACAAACUGAAAAGAAUUGCAGUUGAGUUUGAAUGUUGAGGUCUCGAAAAGUAUGUCUUUGCCAAUAAGAGAUGUACUAUAAAAUUAUAAAAAAUAUAUAUUAUUUGCACGUAACAUUGGAGUUACCCAACCCUAACUGACUUGUUUAACCCGACUGAUCAAUUACAGAUGAUACCCUGUCCAAACACUGCAAUACUCAUACAGGCAAUGGGAGGGAUACAACGGGAGAAUGCAAUCUUGCUGUAUUCUCUAUCUGCAUCACAGCAGUCUCAUUAUUAAUACUAAUACCACAAAACAAAAAUACCAUUUAGACAAAGGGCAUUAGCAGUUGUUCCAGUUAUUUCACAGUGCAGGUCUAAAUCAGAUAGAGUGUCUGUCACUUGUAAGCCUUGAUGAUCUCGUGUAUAUUUGGUAGCUCUUAAGUGAACUGUACUCAGCAUCAGUGUUCUCCACAUCGAGGCGAGUGGGCGGCGUUUACUCUGUCCUGUUCUUUUGGUCUUAUUCUCAACAUUUCUGGAUCAAAGAGAGCAACACGAAAGACCAAGUUUUUUUCCUUGCUAUUUAUUUGCAAGUUUUUCUGCAUUCCAAAAAAUGUUUAGAUCUUUUGUAGUUGCAAACUGUUGUUUGAGUUGUUAUUCCAACAAAGUGCAAAUAUGUUUAUUAAAAACUGACUUCAGUGUUUGGUCAAUACAGAUGGCCUGCUGAUUAAAGAGUGUGUAGAGGGGAUUAAUGUUGCUCCUAGCCCCAUGUCAGCUUCUGCCUGCAGCCUACUCUGGCACUCACAAUCAAGUGUGUGUUUGUUCUGACCUGCCGGUGGCCUGGGCUUUUCCAUCCACUCGCCUCAAAGGGAAUGGUCAACCAACCAGGGCCCUUUUCAUGUGAGCCUCUUCACAGCACUGCUCUGCCCCCUGCGUUCUUCCCCAGGGCUCCCCCUCUUGUGCCACUAGAAAACUUGGGUCUGUGCUACCCCCUGCUGCUCUGUCAUGGCCAUGCUCUGGAUUUCAAACACACAUGCAACACAGCGCAUUGGAGAGCUCUGCAUCAGGACAAACAACAAGUUAAAUUCAAACUGUAACCAACUUUACGACAAAGUGGGCCACCAUCACUACAAGGCACACUAUUGUAUACCGGUCAGGAGGUUUGUUUGUACAGUUAUUGUGUAAGAAGCAUUACUCUGGGCUUUUUUCAAGAGACAUGUUUGUCUCACUGAAAAUA